AUGGCCUAUGCCAUGUAUAAGCCGGAGGUGGGCUAUGGCCAGGGCCUGAGCCACAUAGGAGCCCUGCUGCUCAUGUGGCUAGGUGAGGAGGAUGCAUUUUGGGCUCUGGUCCAGCUCAUGGAGAAGGAAAAAUACUCAAUGGAUGGUCUCUACAAACCUGGAUUGCCACAGCUGGAAAAGCUCCAGGAACAUCUGGGUGAUACUGUGCAGUGCACAAUGCCCACUCUCUCAAAACACCUGGAGGAGCAGGGAGUGAGCCUCAAGACCUGCACCACACACUGGUUCACCCAGUGUUUCCUGGAUGCUGUGCCAUUCCAUCCGGCAUUGAGGAUUUGGGACAUUUUUAUAUUAGAAGGGGCACACGUCCUCACCACCAUGGCCUAUGUCACCCUAAAAUUGAACAAAAAACGCCUAAUGAAGAUGCCCCAGGACCACAUCCGGGAGUUCCUGCAGGUGACUCUCAAGCAAGCCUGGGACCAGGAUGACAACAUUGUUGUCAAGCACCUUCAAGCUUCCAAGAAGGAUCUGGCCAAGCGACAAUGCCUCCUGCCUCCCCAGGCAAUGCCUGGCCAGUCCUGCAGCCUGGAUCAGCAGCCUGUCAAUGUCCCUGAGCAGCCAGUUCCUGCCCCCACAACACUGCAGGGCACGGAGACAGCUCAGGCCCCGGAGCCACUGUGCCCACACCCUGAAUCCUCAGCACCACUCGCUGAGACUCCCCCCGUGGAACCAGCCACGUUUCACCCCGUCUGUGGAAAAGAUGAAGAGGAGGAGGAGGAAUGUAUUGCCAAUGAAGAGCCCUCAGAGUCCCUUGGCGUAGGCAUGCCAAUGCAGGCUUCGGGGCCUUCACUUGUGCCCAGUCCUGCCCAGACCCCAUGGAGCGUGUGGGACAAAGGGAGGCUGCUCCAGUGGUGGAGUCUGUCCUGUCUCUGGAUGCCUGUCCAAAGUGCAGACUGCCCGUCUCCAGUGCUGGGCACCGACACCCAUGUCCGGGCCUCUUCCCUGCCUUUCUUGGAGCCCCUGGGCCCAGGGCCCAUGCAGGCAGGCCCAGCCCCAGGGCUAAAGAGUGCUUCCCUCAACAAUGUCCAAGAGACAUGUCAAGAAUAUGGUUAA